AUGAAGGUGUUUCCCACAUUCGUCUGUCUUCUCGCCGGAGCUGUAGCAUCUGCCGCGUUGCCGGCUGAGAGUCCCGCGGGAACCAAUGAGUUCGGUGCAUCCAAGAUAACAUGGACCGGCCAAGUCAAGCCAGGCGAGCCUGCUGUGUCGAUCACGGGCACCGCAGAGGAGAUCUACGCGCAGAUUACAAGAAUCAAUCCGAACUACGACAACGAGUUGGGUUUGAAUAGCCCUCACUCGACUGUGAAGAGGCGGGAUCUUGAACCCAUUAGGAAACGAGCGACAACGUCAGAUGACUGGACAUGCGCUUACGGAAACGACGUCAACGCCGAGUCGAUCGGCGCCGGUGUUAGAUACCUGUACAGCAUUGCCAACGGGGACUGCGCCGCACCUCCUGGAAGUCCUGGCGCUGGCGGAUGUAGCGUCAGCAGCUGUAAUGCCGGCGCCGGCAUCUUUCUAUGCAACGAUUCUAGUAACCAAUUGCAUAACCCUUGCUCCAUUGUUGCCGAUAAUGCCGUUGAGGUCUUGAUCAACUGCCAGCGGAGUACCUAUAACGGCGGUAAUAGCUGGACUACAAACACUCAUGGACAAAUAUUCUCGAAGGACCGUAGUUGGAAUGUCAUACUUAACAGAUGCUAG